UACUUAGGCGAUUCCUGAUUUAAACAAGCUGUCGGAAUGGAUCCGUUAUUAUAUUUGGGUGGGUUAGUUGUCUUGUUUUUGGUGUGGAUUAAGGUGAAGGGCUUGGAGUACGUGAUAGUACACCAGAGAUGGAUCUUCGUUUGCCUCUUUCUGCUCCCCUUGUCAGUCAUCUUUGAUGUGUACUAUUACCUGCGCGCGUGGAUCAUCUUCAAGAUGUGCUCAGCACCCAAGCAGCACGACCAGAGAGUCAGAGAUAUCCAGAGACAGGUGCGAGAAUGGAAAAAAGAGGGAGGGAAGAAACAUAUGUGCACAGGUCGUCCAGGAUGGCUGACUGUAUCUCUCAGGGUGGGAAAAUACAAGAAGACGCACAAGAACAUCAUGAUUAACAUGAUGGACAUUCUGGAGGUGGACACAAAACGGCAGGUGGUGCGUGUGGAACCCUUAGCCAACAUGGGUCAGGUGACCGCUCUGCUCAACUCUAUUGGCUGGACCCUGCCAGUGUUGCCUGAACUCGAUGACCUCACAGUUGGUGGGCUGGUGAUGGGAACAGGCAUUGAGUCUUCAUCUCACAUCUAUGGCCUGUUUCAGCACAUUUGUGUGGCUUUUGAGCUGGUGUUGGCUGAUGGUAGUCUGGUCCGCUGCACUGAGAAAGAAAACUCGGACCUCUUCUAUGUCGUUCCCUGGUCCUGCGGUACUUUGGGGUUCCUGGUUGCAGCAGAGAUCCGGAUAAUCCCAGCUCGCAAAUGGGUGAAGCUUCGCUAUGAACCUAUACGAGGCCUGGAUGCUAUCUGCAAGAAGUUUGCAGAGGAAUCAGCCAACAGGGAGAACCAGUUUGUGGAGGGACUGCAGUACUCUCGGGACGAGGCUGUGAUUAUGACGGGCACCAUGACCGAUCAUGCAGAGCCUGACAAGACUAACUGUAUAGGUCACUAUUACAAGCCGUGGUUCUUUCGGCAUGUGGAGGGUUUCCUGAAACAGAACCGUGUUGCAGUGGAGUACAUUCCUCUCCGGCACUAUUACCACAGACACACCCGCAGCAUCUUCUGGGAAUUACAAGACAUCAUUCCGUUUGGGAAUAACCCAUUGUUCAGGUAUGUGUUCGGCUGGAUGGUUCCUCCUAAGAUCUCUCUACUGAAGCUCACUCAGGGAGAGACCAUCCGCAAACUAUACGAGCAGCACCACGUGGUUCAGGACAUGCUGGUCCCUAUGAAGCACAUCAAGACAGCCAUCCUACGUUUCCACGAGGACAUACAUGUGUAUCCUCUGUGGCUUUGUCCCUUCAUGCUGCCCAACCAGCCAGGAAUGGUGCAUCCUAAAGGAGAUGAGGAUGAACUGUAUGUUGAUAUCGGAGCGUACGGGGAGCCCCAAGUCAAACACUUUGAGGCCAGAUCCUCCACACGGCAGCUGGAGAAGUUUGUCAGAGACGUUCAUGGAUUCCAGAUGCUGUAUGCUGAUGUAUAUAUGGAACGUCAGGAAUUCUGGGAAAUGUUCGAUGGCACAUUGUAUCAUAAACUCAGAAAGCAACUCACCUGUGAAGAUGCAUUUCCUGAAGUCUAUGACAAAAUCUGCAAGACCGCAAGACACUGAAUCCAAACAAAUACGAAAGGUGUGACCAGCAGAACAGCUGAAACAAACUGUACUUCCCUUUUGUUGAAGUAAAUGAACACAUUGGACAAAAACUCGUAUUUCUUGAAGAAGCACCAGCUAAAUUUUUAACCGCCUUGUUGUAUGUUUAAGACUAAAAAAGUAAAGGCCCUUAUUAUUCCUAAUGUUUAAUACAUGCUUAAAUUCAUUAAAACAAUAUAUAAUACUUAACAGACAGUUUUUCUACAUUCAAAUGUGAAUAAACUAUAAAUGAAAC